AAAAAAAAAAUAAAAAAAAAAAAAUUAAAAUAAAUUUUAUUUUUAAGAACAACAGCAAAAACAUAACGGCUCUUACAAGCCAACAAACUUUAGCGAUUUUCUGCAAACUUUCAUUUGUUAACCUUAUAAAUUGGCUGCCACAAUGAGCCUCGCCGGCGCGAAUCAAUUAAAUAAUGUCAGACGUGUGUCACCGGUGAUUUUAUCGGCCACGUCGUGUGACUUGAAUGCGRCGUUGGCGCCGGCAGCGGACAACACAGCGCAGUGGGAACAGAAUUUCGAGGCGAAAAUCAAAGAUUUAUCGCCCAGCGAGCAGGAGGCCGUACGCCGCUUYUGGAGGUCGGUGGUGAUGCGCAAUGCACCGCGUCUCUUUGGCGAAGAAAAUGGUCGUCUGCCACAAUUGUAUGCCGGCAAUUCGGCUGUGGCGUCUGCCGCUGCCGCGGCGAAUGUACGCAACUGCAAUUGCUGUCCGUACGGUUACCACAUCGAUUUGGAUUUUGUGCGCUACUGUGAAUCGCUGGCCAAUGCCAAGCCAUCGGAGGAGGAGUUGCAGCGGCGCAGUCGGCGGCGCUCGCGCAAAUCAAUGGAAUUCAUGCUGGGUCUGGACGCAAUGUUCGAGCAAUGGGAUGCCGCUGCACGGGUGCAGGCCGUGCCAGAGAUGGAAGAAUGUGCUGUGGGUAUGCCGACGCCGACGCCGGAGUGCCUGCUAUGAUUAAUAGUUUAUGUUGGGUUAAAGGCUGACUUUGAAAAUUUAUUUCAAUGCCGCGUUAGAGGGCAAUGCUGCGGUUUCUCAAUAACUAAGCCAGCUUUAAUGUCGAUGUUAUGGAUAUUGGCAGAUUGAGUUGCUGGCUCAGUGUGAUAUUUGGCAUAGUAUGGUAUUCAUUUCCAAGUUUUUGCUUAGAGACUGUAUGGACUUGAUCAAACGAAUAACUUGGCAGAUGGAAAUAUAUAGAAAUUUGUUUCUAGAAUGAAAAUAAUAUAACGAUGUUU